GCUUCUUUAGAUAUUUAAAAGUUUUACAUAGACCGUUGAACUAUACCAAGUCACAAUGACCAAGCAAAAUGGUUAAAAAUGAUAAAAAGCAGGGCACAGUUUGCACAGCAUUUGCAAGUUGUCCUUGAUCCAGACUAGGAACCACAAGAAACACGAUGACUUCACUCAAGUUGUGGUAUUUUCCUACAAAAGGUCGUGCAGAAUCCGUCCGACUGAUGCUGAAAGACCAAAAUAAGGAGUGGGAGGAUAUUGCUAUAACCGGUCAGACGUGGCCAACUGUAAAGCAAAGCUGUCUUUUUGGACAGCUGCCCAAACUGGAAGACGGAGACCUGACAUUGUACCAGACUAAUGCUAUCCGACGACACUUGGCACGCAAACUGGGCAUUUAUGGUCAAAAUGAGAAAGAGGCUGCUUUGAUCGAUAUGAUGGAUGAUUUCCUGGUAGAGAUUCAGGCAAAAUACAUGAAGCUUAUUUAUCAAGAAUAUGAAACAGGAAAAGAAAAAUAUCUGAAAGAGCUGCCUGAAAGUCUCGGGCGCUUGGAAAAAAUCUUAAGCAGCAACAAAGGAGGAUUUCUGGUUGGCGCACAGAUCUCUUUUGCCGACUAUCUGCUGCUGGCACUCCUCUUAUAUCAUCAGGUCCUCUCUCCAUCCUGCCUGGAUUCUUUUCCCACCUUGAAAAGUUACCUGGAUAAAAUUUCUUCCAGACCCAACCUGAAGGCCUACAUGCAGAGCGAUGCUUUCAAGAACAAACCCAUCAAUGCUAAUGGGAAACAGUAAAGGCAUCAUAAAGUAUCAUGUCAACUGAAAUGCAGCAGACACCCACUUUCAAACACAUACUGUAGUGAAGGAUUUCCAAAGCUGUACAUUUUGCUUUAAUAAAUAUGUUUUACCUGAAUUGAAAUAAAAA